AUCCACGAUGUAUAUGGUGCCAAGUUAAACUGUCUGCCUACACCAAAUCUAUAUCUGUCCCUUCCCUGCAUAUCCAUCUGCCUAUCUAAAAGCCACUUAACCACCACUAUCAUAUCUGCCUCCACCACCCCUACCUGGUAGAGGAUUCAGGACAUCCAUCAUUCUUCAUCAACAGCAAGAUGCCUCCAUAUCAGUGCUUUUUUAAAGUGAUAAACGAUUUACAAAAUAGUUUGCGUUCUACUGACACUGGUCCAAUUCAAGGGUCUCGACCCGAAACAUCGCCCAUUUCUUCUCUCCAGGGAUUCUGCCUGUCCCGCUGAGUUACUCCACCACUUUGUGUCUACCUCCCAAUUCGUUACGUGUUUGAUCCUGGUAACAACUUCUCUUUUGAGAAGCAAGGAGAUGGAAGAAUUACAUUUCAUGUUUAUCUUCACUCAUUACAAUUCUAUGGACGACAGUGAUCGCAACUUCUACUGACGUGUGGAUGGCCGUUGGCUCGCUAGAACAGGUCUUGUUUUUGGUCCUGCUGGGGGUCCACAGACCCCUCCUCACCCAGCAAACCAGGUGGGGGAGACGGUUUAGUCGCCGGCUAUCCGACCAUGGAGCAGGUAUCACGGGAUUACAUGGUACCUUAUUAUUGAAGCAGAAAUCUUCAAAGAUGGGAGGACUUUUUGCUGACUUAAGGUCAAACUAAUUUCCAUGGAAACGGAUGCCUAAGUAGGCAUUCCCCAUGUAGUAUACAGCAUGGGAGAGGACACACAGAACAUGACAAGCUAAUGGAAAGGGGAGGACAAGAACUCGAGCUAAACCAGGCCAUGAUGCAACCAGCAUGCUCCGUCAGUACUAUCCGUCUCAGCAGGCCAGUUGCACCCAUAGUUUCAACUCAUGGACUACCGCCUUUGUGAUACCCUCUAAAUAAUGCAGUGCUGGCAUCUGAGCUUCUGAAUCGUGUUGCAAAAUCAAGUGACGGUGUCUCUUCACCAUCCCUGUCUCAGACUGUUUCUCCACUGCCUGUCCAGGUUACAGAUCUUGGCUCACUGAAAGACAUGAAAGGUUUGUUGUGCAAGGAGGCAGCAAGAGAUACAGUUUGUAAAUCACUAGAGUGCAGGAUAUAGGGAGAUGAGAUGUGAGAAGAAGGAUGAGAUAUGAGGUUAGACGUAUAUAAAAUGAUGGGAGGCAUUGAUUUGGGAGACAGUCAGAACUUGUUUCUCAGGCAGAAAUGUCAAAGACUAGCGAGCAUAGCUUUAAGGUAAGAGGAGCAAAGUUUCAAAGAGAUGUGCGGGCAAGUUUUUUACAGAGAGUAGUGGGCGCCUAGAAAAUGCUGCAGGGGGUGGUGGUGGAGGUAUUUAUAAUAGUGAUAUGUAAGAGGUUUUUAUAUAGGCACGUGGAUAUGCAGAGAAUGGAGGGAUAUCGGAAGGUAGAGGAGUUGAGUUUAACUUUGCAUCAUAUUUGGAAUUGACAUCGUGGGCCGAAGGGCCUGUUCCUGUACUGUACUCUUCUACGUUCUAUGAUUGGAACAUUUCAAUGGCUUGAAUCUCACUGCAGGCCUCAUUGUCAGCACCAUGUCCUCUGUGCAUGUUAGGGCACCCUCGUCUCUCCACCCUCUCCCGGUGGCUCCUGCUCCUUCUGUUUGUACCAUCUUGUAUUGAGAGAGAGACACGAGUGUUAUGCUGUCUGUUUGCCCAUUAAGAUUGAAUGCAGGUCUAUGUCAAUGAUGCCGGUCUGAGGACUGCAGCAGUCCCGAGUGCUUGAGAGUUUGGUGACGUGGACGGAUAUUCAGAAUGAAACCUGACUGAAGGAGAAUGCUGGUUGGUUUGUGAUGAGAUCAUGGUGCAUUGAGCAGUAUUGGAGAUUAGUCAAGUCAGGUCCAGUCAAGGAAGUUAAUUGUCAUGUGUCCCAGAUAGGACAAUGAAAUUCUUGCAUUAGUGUUCAAUUAUUGAUGGGAGAUGAGAAUGGGAUUGGCAUUGGUUUAUUCUUGCCACAUGUAGCGAGAUUCAGUGAAAAGCUUUUGUGUAUGUGAUAUUCAAUUUAAGGGCCUGUCCCACUUUCACAACCUACUACACGACCUCUGCCGAGUUUGCCCUUGACUCAUACUUGCAGCAUGGUCAUCAUGAGGCCCUAGGAGGUUGUAGGAGGUCGCAGGUAGGUCGUAGCAGGCCGUGAUGCUAGUCGUAGGUACUCGUGGCAUCAAGGAAGUCGUGGCGUUUUUCUGGCCUGAUAAAAAAUGUCCACGAGUAAAAAAGGUUGUGAAUUAGGUCGUGAAAGUGGGACAGACCCUUAAAUCAGAUAAUACCACGUGUGAAUGCAAUCGAGCCAUACACACGUAUAGCAGGAAAUGCGAAGAGAAAAAUCACAGUAUUAACGUAAAAAAUACCAGUAUUAUAGCAUGGUUACAGAUACAUAGAAACACUCCAAGGUCUUCAACCAGAUCAGUGGAGAGAUGAGAACUACAAUACAAUGACGUGUUCUUAAGUAGUUUUCUGUUUAUAGUAGUAUGUAGUUUGAUCAGUAUUCCAAUUGUGUAAUAAGACCCAAUUCUUUUUAUCAGAAAUUUUGGGACAUCUCCCUGAACUUAACACCCACAAGUACAUAUGUUUGUCAUGCAACAUUUCUUCAAUUUCCAUUGUCUAAUCAAUUCAGAAGCAGUCAAGACAUUCAAUUAUCUCUUUUCGUAUUUUUCAAUUUCAUUUCUAAUUCAGUGUUUAUCCAGCACUUUUCUUGACUCCCUUGCACGAUGUUAUCAGCACUUCCCCAUUUCUAAACCCUAAUCCUCUCUGCAGAAUAAGGCCAACGGGCUAUUUACCUUCCCAACCAUCCGCAGUCCCUGCCUGACAAUCUUCCACAAUUUGUGCGCUCCUGUCAGCCUGUCCCUGAGAUCUGAGCAACAGCCUUGGACUUUAACAACACGUAUCACCUUACAAACCUUGCAUUUUGGAGGAGGGACCCAUAAGGGAGGAGACUUGUCGCUUUAGCCCAGAGACUGCAGCAGACCCUGCUGGACUUCAGCCCCUAGCGCAAAAUGUACGGAGAGUGAGCAGCAGUUAUUGCAGGUGGAGAGAAUGAAAAGAAACGAGAGAUUAGCCCUCUCGUCCUUCUCCAUGGCCUCGAUCACAUCUGGGAACAUUGCUCCAACCAGGCAACGUACAUCCUGCCAUCGGCCUGGCUUUGGAGGGAACGCGAGACCUGUGUAUCUCCGAGCUCUCACACUCAGUGACACUCCAGGUGUAGAUGGAGAAGGGGGAUAUUUCUUACUAGAAGACCUCCAUCAGCUGGUCAAGCCGAUCGCAGCUCACAACCAGGUCAGUGGAAGGGACCUCCCCAUCACUGCCCGCAAGCAGAGGCCAGCCCGUCCAAGAUUGGCACCCGACCCCCAACAAUCAGCCCUACCUCCAUCCAGAGCCAUCUACCGCUCUGCUUACUCCAGCCCUUUGCGGGGGCCUCCGGGAUUUCCAAGCAAGAUCAAGACGUCUGACUUGACAGGGUGGUCCUCCUCCUUGGGAGACAACCGCAUCAGGAGCAGACAGAUUCAAGUGUCCCAUGCCCUGCAAGACACGUGGAAGAUCCUAAAGGCAGCCAACCGGUCCAAUGUCCACAUCUCCAUGCUGUACCUUGGGACUGGGUCAACGGUUUCCACUCAGAAUCCCAAUCAUCAAGAUGAAGUGAAGGUGUUUCAGCAAAUCUGUGGAGCCGAGAAUAUUUGUGUGUACAAGGGACAUCUCGUUCAUAGAGAACAAUUCCAGUUCGUUUCAAGACGACACUUUGCUUUUCUGUUCAGCGUCACGAUCCACGUGAACGGGCUGGUGGCUGCCCGCAUCAGCUGGUGCUGUGAGCACAAGUACCCUGUUGGCUUCCAGCUGGGAAAGCGAAGCUGCUUCCGUCUGAUGGGCAUUAGAGGAGGAAUACCCUGCCACAGGUGUCUGAAGGCCUGGCCCUACCAAGGACAUGGGAGUAAGCAGAAGGCAGAUGUAACACAGCCUGGGAGAGAGACUGACUUCAACGACCAAGAUGAGAGGUCACAACAAGGCAAGGAGUACAGUGUGUUCCUGAUCAAUAUGACCCGCAAUGUUUUAAAGCAAUUAGGGGCGCUUAGCAGGAAAGUAACGCGUGCAGUGGGAUGAGAAUUAGUACAGAGGGAUGAGAAUUACAAUGCUCAUGGUUUCUCUAUCCUGGUUUUGAUCGAGAGAACAAGUUCGGCCCUAGUCCAUCGAGCAGAAUAACCUGAGAGGGAACAUGUGGAAGGAAGGCAACCGUAAGUGAGGAUGUGAUGACACCAACUUGGUUGUAAAUGCCCAUAAGACCUGGGUGUCAUGGUACACCAGUCAUUGAAAGUAGGCAUGCAGGUGCAUCAGGCAGUGAAGAAAGCGAAUGGUAUGUUAGCAUUCAUUGCAAAAGGAUUUGAGUAUAGGAGCAGGGAGGUUCUACUGCAGUUGUACAGGGUCUUGGUGAGACCACACCUGGAGUAUUGCGUACAGUUUUGGUCUCCAAAUCUGAGGAAGGACAUUAUUGCCAUAGAGGGAGUGCAGAGAAGGUUCACCAGACUGAUUCCUGGGAUGUCAGGACUGUCUUUUGAAGAAAGACUGGAUAGACUUGGUUUAUACUCUCUAGAAUUUAGGAGAUUGAGAGGGGAUCUUAUAGAAACUUGCAAAAUUCUUAAGGGGUUGGACAGGCUAGAUGCAGGAAGAUUGCUCCCAAUGUUGGGGAAGUCCAGGACAAGGGGUCACAGCUUAAGGAUAAGGGGGAAAUUCUUUAAAACCGAGAUGAGAAGAACUUUUUUCACACAGAGAGUGGUGAAUCUCUGGAACUCUCUGCCACAGAGGGUAGUCGAGGCCAGUUCAUUGGCUAUAUUUAAGAGGGAGUUAGAUGUGGCCCUUGUGGCUAAGGGGAUCAGGAGGUAUGGAGAGAAGGCAGGUACGGGAUACUGAGUUGGAUGAUCAGCCAUGAUCAUAUUGAAUGGCGGUGCAGGCUCGAAGGGCCGAAUGGCCUACUCCUGCACCUAAUUUCUAUGUUUCUAUAAGAGGAAGAGAAGAAUGAGGGAAAUGUGGGAAAUCUGGGCUUGAAGAUGUUGGGGAAAGAGAAAAUAUUUCAAUGGGGUUCAGUGUUGAUUGGAUGUGGUGAGGGCAUUAACAAUUUGGCUCCAGGUACUGCCGCUCAUUGGCUGAUUGGAAUGACACUAUGGUGAUGGGUUUUGCCAUCUCUCAGCAGCUUACACUUCCAAUUUCAGGUAUGUGGAGUCACACAGCAUGAAACAAAACCUCUGAACGUGCAAACUCCUUAUAGACUGUACCCAAGGCCAGGAUAGAACCCAGGUCCCUGGCGCUGUGAGGCAGCAUCUCUACCAGGUGUGCCACAGUGCUAGUUGGCGUUGUGUAGCGUUCAAGAGCCUGAUAGUUGUUGGGAAGAAGCAGUUCUCGAUACUCGCAUUAAAACAAAUUGCUUUACAUUCUUCCAGCCUCCACUCCUCACUCCCAACAACUGGAAAUGUUGGCAAGAUCAGUGCCGGCAAUGUCAAAGUCCAGCUUCCUCAGGAGUGACGUGGGAGAGAACAAGAUGAUGAUGAGUGAUGGUUCCUCCAGCAACUCGAACUAUAAAGCCCCGACCUCAAUGAAGACUCCAGCCUCUUCAGGAGCGAGGAGAUGGAAAUCAAGCCAGUCUUGUGAUACGGACCAGCGAACCACAAACGUCAAGAGUGCUUACCUCUUCCAUGAUGCUUCGAAUACAAAAAUGUCCUCACAAAUCCCAGGGUUUGACAGCGGAGGUAGAGCAUACAGGAGAAACAAUCUAAUGAGGAGGAUAUGUCAAGGAGCAGAGAGAAUGGAUAAUACUGGGUACAGCAGAAAGCAGGUUAACCCAGAAUCUUCCAGCGAUGGUGAAAACACCAGACGUAAACUGUUUGAGAAUCAAAGAAGGUCAUGGAAGAAAGAUACUUCAGAUGCAGGUGCAGGAAGCAGUGAUCAGGAAAGUGGGGACAGUGGUGCCUCAAGGAAAGGCAGCAGGGUGAAGAAGAAAAUAAAGAGGAAGAGGGGAAGGAAACGGGAGGCAAGGGAGGAAAUUGAGACAAGGUUUGGUGACCGUGCGGAUGGAGAUGAAGGGAAGAAGACACGGGGCAGAGGGAGAAGGCUGAAGACAAGAAAUAAUCUGGAAGACCAAAUUCCUGCCUCGGUAACGCAGAGAGACGCAGUGGAAGAUGGUUCGCCCACGGAUGUCUCUAAGGCAGAACCAGCUGCACGGGUUCAGGUGAAGCUUGCCUCAGCCCUCAAACGUGCUGAGGCCACGUGGCCUGAGGCAGCGCACAGCGUCACGAGUGAGGCCAGUGGCGGCGAAAACUGGAAGGAGAGUGAGAGAGGAAAGAAACCGCCCGCACAUGGAAGGCAACCGACAACGUGUAGGUUUUACAAGUGUGGGAAGCGGGAGAUGUGUUAACGGUGAAUCUAAAAGUGGCAGGUGGGAAAAGUCUGGUCCAACCGGCCCACCCAACCGCUCAACCUCUGGACCAUUAUUGCAAAAGACUCCAUUCAGACCCCUCCUACCAUCAUGUGGUCACCAACAUUUAGCAAGAUGGUACGGCAGCAUGGCAACUCUUUGUGUGCAGGUCCCAUUGAAGGGUCGACCAUCAUGCGGUACAACCAUCUUCUCUUAUUGAUCUCAGAUUGGAGCAGAUUUGAGCCAACUCUACAAACAGCAAAAACAUGCGACAGGUCAUGAGUCAUGGGUCAUGGGCCAUGGGUCAUGGGUCAUCAGGCAGAGAAUGGGACAGAUGAUGUCACCGAGGCUAAUUUAGUUUGUAUGAACAAAAACUAAACUUGGAAUCAUAUACGAUAUUAAGGAUGAAACUGUCAAUAACCAUACAACUAAAUAACUAUAACCAGAUAACUGUAUUCGGCACUCUUUCUCGUUGUCUUUCUCUUUGCACACUUGUUGAAUCUCAUGCACGGUUUAAUUGUACUCGUGAUUGCUAUGAUUUAUCUAGAUUGUACACUAAACAAAGUUCACCGUAUCUUGGUACAGGUGACCACGAUACACCAAUACCAAUAUUAACUGAUGGAGUGAGGCUUGGAGACAGGAGCUGCGGUACAAUGUUUUUAGUGGGAACCUGGGCCAGGAUUAACUCAUCUGAGUUUAGAUGGCAGAGAUGGACAAAAACUAACAUACAAUAUUACCACCACCAAGUACCGAAUGAUCUACCUCUGCCAUGCUUUCUAAUCCGGUAUUAGUUAACAAAUUAAAACUCAUAAAAUCAAAUUAAAUGUACAUCGACAAAUGAUUUAAUGCGUGAAUAAUUUAAGCACAUCACGAAAUACUACACCACUAAAUGAAAUAUCUACUUUCCUGAUCACCAGUGCACAACACCUGCAGUGGAUGCUAUUGAAGAGAUAUACUGCAACAACCCAGCCAGCUCAAGUAGACACCACUCCCAGACCCCAGACCCCAUCACCAAACAGAUUACUACUGCUCAACAUCAAUGUUAUCCCUGCCAAAAGUUUAAAAAUCAAUUAACUACAAAGAGGCACAGGUUGGGCAGAGAGGCGGAACCUUUAUCCAGGGUGGAAAUAUCAAGGCAUGGAGGGCAUAGCUUUCAGGCGGGAGAGGUGAGGUUUAAAGGCGAUGAGCAGGGCAAUUUUGUUUUGAAACCAAGAGAGGGAUGGGUGCCUGAAACAUGCUGCCAGGGCAGUGGUGGAGACAGAUACAAUAGUGGGGUUUGUGAGACUUUCUGACAGGCGCAUGGAUGUGCAGCGAAUGGAGGGGUAUGGAUCAUGUGCAGGCGGAAGAGGUUAGUUUAACUGGGCAUCAUGUACGGCGGGACAAACAUUGUGGGCAAAGGGCCUGUGCUGUACUGUUCUACGUAUGUAGGAAGGAACUGUAGAUGCUUGUUUAUACUGAAGAUAGACACAAAUAGCUGGAGUACCUCAGCGAACCAGGCAGCAUCUCAGGAGAGAAGGAAUGGGUAUCGUUCCGUGUCUCGACCCGAAUUGAAGAAGAGUCUCAACCCGAAACGUCACCCAUUCCUAUUCUUCAGAGAUGCCACCGUUCCCGCUGAGCUACUCCUGCUUUUUGUUUCUAACUUCUGUACUGUUCUAUGUUCCAUCUUGAGCACAGUUUAAGGCAUUAAUAUCAAUAUCAAAUGCCAUGUGAUUGGAUUACUUGAAUGUUUUGAACUUCGAACAGUCACAUUUUCCAAUUCUGGCUGUUCCCGGUCAGCAUUCCCUGGGAAGUUUGGAGAGCCCUGGUAUUCGUAGCUGACACUGACACCCAGGGUUGGAAAGGGGCAUUGAAACAUUUAGCUCCUCUUCUCUUCGUACCUGACAUCUUUUGUCUCCUUUUCUUCUCGUCUUUGUUACUCAUCCCACCAUGUGUUAAUCAAACCUGUAUCCACCUAUCACUUGUAUCCACCCAUCACUUGUAUCCAACUCACCAGGCUUUGUCCUGCCCCGUCUCUCUUUUCCAGCUUCCUCCCCUCUACUCUGCCAGUCUGAAGAAGGGUCCCGACCUGAAACGUCGCCUGUCCAUUCUAUCCACAAAUGCUGUCUGAUCAGGAGGGUUCCUCCAGCACUUUGUGUUAUGCUCAAAGUUGCAGCCUAUACAUUUUCUUGUGUCUCUGACAUUAUUUUCAUUGUUCUGUUGCUGGUACAUAUGGCAAUUAAACACUCUAGAUUCCUGCUGUAAGAAUGUGAUUCUUAAAUGUAUAAUUCAUAGCAGGAAUGCUUCUUCUGUUUUAAUAGCUUUUGCAGAUGGGGAAGUAGAUGGGUUUGCACAAUUUCCGGCCAAUGUGCAGACAAAAAGUAAGGGCACUGUAUGCAAUACUCCGGCGUCACUGGCUGAAAGAAAGGAAAAUGAAGAAGCAGCUAGCUGUGACUCUAUACUACAAAGAAGAACAAAGCCCCACCAUCAUAUGAAGCCGGCCUCCACACAAAAUGAUGGUAGUCUACCGGAAACUAACUCGCAUGACCCAUUCAACAAUGUGGGCAUGUCUUCCAAGGAUUGUUUGGAUGGUAGCCAGGAAUGCACUUGUUUUCCAGUGACCUGGAAUGAAAAGAUCAGUGGGAAAAAUGUCUCCAGUCAGGGACCCAAUGCUUUGAAGCGACUGGAUGAACAGAACUACCUCCAGGUGUCUUCCGAAGCACAAGGAAAUUCAUGCAGCAUAACCAGACCUCGGGCGAGUGAAGACAAGCAGAUUUUAACAGGCUACAAGACCAAUGCCCGGUCAUCAGGUGAUUUAGGUUGCACUUGUGAUCCACCCUGGCCACGCCAGUUGCCUUCAUCACAUUGCAACCGAGACCCUGAGGAUGGUCACACUGGCACCAAACCAGGAAGGCGCAGGAGUGAGGAUGAAAGCGUGGCAACUGAGCAGCUCCCGGGUAAACUAGUGUCAGAAAAUAAGGACAAUAUAGCCACGUUAAGUGGCAGCACACAGGCAGUUGAUGCACUGAGAAAACAGGCAAGUAUGUUCUCUCUUGAAUUGUUUUGGUAUGGAGUUGGGCAAGGUGUUCUUGCAACUGUUGUGUUGUGUGAGCAAAAACUGAAGCGGACCAAGGUUGCACAUUACUGCAGCUGUUUUACGGGUGUGACAAUGAUAAAUGCAGUUGUAGAGACCCAGGUUAUGUGCACUCAGGUCAUUGCUAAAUAUAGAAGCAGUUUGGCGUACAUGGUUUCCUAACAGAUAUGAUUGAUUAAAAAGGCAGGCCCGUUUGCAAAUAUGUUUAAAAAGCUUGUUUAAAAUAUGUUUAAAUGCGAGCUCCAUGUAACCACUUCAUCUCUUGAAAAACUCCACAAAGUGCAGGGAUCUGAUUUCCAACAUCUUAAAGUUGGACAAUUCGAAGAACAUUCAAGCCCAGGGAUUUGUAAAUCAGUCACAAUUUUAAAUCUUCUUGAACUUUAUAGCUUGGACAAUCCUUCUACCCAUUAUCCGUGCAACUAUUGCUGUCCUCUUAUUCCAUGUGGAUCUGGAAAUGUUCACCUUUUUUAGGCUUUAUCCAAAUAAUUGAUCAGCAAGUUUGAAAGCUUGUAGUCAUAUGUUAUUAAAGUGCGCUGAAGAGAUUCAUCAGUGUGUUACCUGGGCUCGCGGGCUUGAGUUGUCGGGAGAGGUUGGAUAGGCUAGGACUUUUCCGAAUCCAAGCGGAGAGAUGAAAGGGAUUCUCAAAUUAGUUCUCGUUUCAGACUUGAGUUGCAGUAAAGGUUGGGGUUAGCCUCUGCCGCUUAAAAUGCCUCACAGUUCAUUCAUUCAUCCCACCUGAAGGUUGCAGACGUUAUCACUGUGCUCACAGCCUGCAAAUCAGUGGGGGAGCUGACCAUGAGAAACACUGGGCUGACUGAUGACCUCCUCGAAACACUAGUCAUCGCACUGGUAAACCACAGCCAGUCGCAAGUGGAAACAAUUAACCUCAAUAUAAAUAACCUUGGCCCGCACAGCGCUGAGCUAUUGGUGGAGCUCCUCAAAGCCAAGCCCUCAAUCAAGUGCCUGCUGUUACACGGAAACAAUUUGGGUGACAAAGGCAUUAGCAUUUUGAUGCACGGACUCAUUGACCUCCUUUUGGCCGAAAAUGCAGAAGAAACCAAGACUGGUAAUGUAGAAGGGGAGCAUUCCGAUCGCCAGAGAAAGAGGCUGCAACUAACUGAACUUGACAUUGGUUCAAAUCACCUCACCAAUGAAGGUCUGAAAUGCGUGGCUAUGUUUCUCAGCAUGAACCCACCCCUGGAAUACUUGGGACUGUCCCGGAACGAUGGUGUGGAUUUGACUGGAUGGAGGGGAUUAUUUGACAUUUUGAAGGAUUGUCGGCACAUCUCCCAUCUCCUCCUUGACGAAAAUGUUCUUCGCAACGAAGGGGCAAAAUACUUUGCAAAAGUGCUCCGUGUUAAUAGACGUCUAUGUAAAGUAGACCUGGACGGGAAUGGAAUAGGAGAUGAAGGAGGUCUAGCUCUGUGUGAAGCCUUGUCUUCCAAUCCUGGCCGGUCCCUCAGAUAUCUGAGUCUUGACGGAAAUGAGCUCAGUGGUGGAGUGAAGAGAGAUCUGGACACAUUACUCGCAGAAAAUAAACAGGGGUAGACUACACCAUGGAGACACAAGGAACUGCAGGUGUUGGAAUCUUGGAUCAAGAAAUAAACUGAGGAACUCAGACAGGCAGUAUCUGUGGCGAGAUUAGACAGGCGACAUUUCAGGUCAGGGCACUUCUUCAGACUGAUUGUAGCACGGUUUCAACGCUAAAUGUUUAUUCAUUCCCUGACUGUCUGAAGAAGGGUCUGGAACCAAAACAUCACCUACACACGUCCUCCAGAGAUGUUGCCUGGCCUGCUGUUACUCCAGCAUUUUGUGUUCCUCUACUACUUGAUUCCACUACACUGGGUAAAAGAUACAUUCACCAUAUCUAAUACACUAAUGAUUUUGAACACCUCUGUAAGAUCACCGCUCAAGCCCCUGCGCUUCCAGGAAUGAAGUCCUAGCAUGCCUAACCUCCCCCACGAGCUAAUGCCCUCGAGUCCUGGCAUCAUCCUCGUAAAUCUUCUUUGCAUACUUUCCAGCUUAAUGGCAUCUUUCCUAUGGCAGGGAGGUUCAAAACUGAACACAAUACUCCAGUACAAUGUUCUAAUCAAUGCAAAGCUGAAUGGAAAGUAGCAAGCAGUCAGUACAAUGACGCCAAAUGCAGCCUUUCCAAUAUUCAACUCCCAGUUCAUUUUAUAGCCAAGGGAGCAACAGCAAUACAUUGAUACAUUUGGCCAAACGUCACGACACUCUUGAACCACUCUUACUAAAGCAGCUGGAAGGGCAAAUGUGAAAAAUUGGCCAGUAUCUCAUGGAACACUGCCCAAGUGCAUAUCGUUGGGAAAAUAAAGCAAAAAUAACACUGAUCCCAUGGAAAAUAGUUCCUCAUGACUUACAUUUGAGUAGAAGGCAUCAGGAAGCAGCUUUACACGACUUUAGUUAGACUGCAUUUGGAGUUUUAUUGUGAGUUUCUGGUCACUCCAAUACAGGAAGGCUUUGGAAAGGGUGCAGAGGUUUACCAGAAAGAUACCUGGAUUAGAAGGUAUUAGCGACAAGGAAAUGUUGGACAGACUCGGCUUGUUUUCUCUGGAAUGUUGUGCAGCGACCUGUUAGAAUUAUGAGAGGCAUAGUUAGUGUAGAACCUAUUUCCCAGAAUGGAAAUAUCAAAUACUGGAGGGCAUAGUUUUAAGGUGGAGAGGCAACAUUUAAAGGAGAUGUGUGGGGCAAGUUUUUUUUAAUUUAUUUUAAGCACAGAGGGUGGUGGGUGCCUGGAACUGCUCUGCCAGGAAUGGUGGUGGAGGCACUUACAAUUGUCACAUUUAAAAGGCUUUGGGAUAGGCAAAUGGAUAUGCAGGGAAUGGAGGGAUAUGAAUUAUGUGCCUGCGGGCAGAUAAGAGUUUGCCUUGGCACCAUGUACAGCACGGGCAUUGUGAGCCAAACGGCCUGUUCCUGUGUUGUACUGUUUUAUGUUCCAUGACCAUUUAAUGCAAAGUGAAAAGCAACGUCUCCCAACGCACAAGAGCAGCAGCCAUGGCAACUCCAAGAGAUUGUUAAUGAAUUUGAAGCAGAGUUCAUGGUUUCUGAAUGCAAUUAACAUGCAAAUCCCUGCUCAUCAGUGAAUGACAGCCCGUGGCUAGAGGCAGCUUUCCGCCUAACAUUCGCUUCAGUCAGGUUCUGUCUCUGGAAAACAAGUACUCAAUUUACUGACAACUUUAUUUGUACACUUCACAGUCAGUGAGAUCUUCAUUAACAGAUGUGGACAUUAAUACAACUUACAAUGUCACGUUGCCAUCAAUCUAGCAAAGAAUCUUUGACCCAGCAUACAUACACAGUGGACACAGUUUCUGAAGAGGGGACGCGGCCUAAAACAUCAUCCGUCUACUCCCUCCCCCGAUGCUGCCUGACCCGCUGAAUUCCUCCAGCACUUUGUGAUUUGCUCAAAAUUCCAGCAUCUGCAGUUUCUUGUGUCCACAUACAUCAAAGUGGGCUCAUUGGAAACUUCUAAUGAUAA